AUGGAGAGUAUCGAGGAGUUAAUUGCGAGAAUCGACCGCAAUACUGCUGCGCAGAUGAAACAUUCCACUGCCUUUCCCUCCCGACCUCUCAGCAGAGUGGUUGUGACCGGCGGUACCCACGGUGACGAGCUGGGAGGAGUCUGUCUGGUGAGGGAGUGGCUGAGGCAGGGUGACGCCCCCUUUCUGCACCGGCGCAGCUUCAGAGCUCAGACACUGCUAGCCAAUCCGAGAGCAACCAAGCAGAACAGGAGCUACCUGGAGACAGACCUGAACAGGUGCUUCACAGCAGAGAUAUUGAGCUCUUGAAAUUGGUCCCCAGCCCACAGGACUAA